AUGCAGGUUGGGAGAGCCGACGGUGACUGCGGGAGUAGGCCCAGCUGUGCGGUGCCCAGCAUGGACGGCUACAGGGUCCUGAGAGUCAUCGGGGAGGGCUCCUUCGGCAGAGCCCUUUUGGUUCAGCAGGAGAGCAGUAAUCGGAUAUUUGCCAUGAAGGAAAUAAGGCUUCCCAAGUCUUUGUCUGACACACGGAUUUCUAGGAAGGAGGCUGUUCUGUUAGCCAAAAUGAAACACCCCAAUAUUGUUGCCUUUAAAGAAUCAUUUGAAGCUGAAGGACAUCUAUACAUUGUAAUGGAAUAUUGUGAUGGAGGGGACCUAAUGCAGAAGAUAAAACAUCAGAAAGGGAAGUUGUUUCCUGAAGAUAUGAUACUUCAUUGGUUUACACAGAUGUGUCUUGGAGUAAAUCACAUUCACAAGAAACGUGUGUUACACAGAGACAUCAAGUCCAAGAAUGUCUUCCUCACCCAAGACGGAAAAGUAAAACUGGGUGAUUUUGGAUCUGCCCGUCUUCUCUCGAGCCCCAUGGCGUUUGCUUGUACAUACGUGGGAACACCUUAUUAUGUGCCCCCAGAAAUUUGGGAAAACAUGCCUUAUAACAAUAAAAGUGACAUCUGGUCCUUGGGAUGCAUUCUCUAUGAACUUUGUACCCUUAAGCAUCCAUUUCAGGCAAAUAGUUGGAAAAGUCUUAUCCUCAAAAUAUGUCAGGGGUCCAUGAACCCACUGCCAUCCCAUUAUUCCUAUGAGCUGCAGCAUCUGAUCAAGCAGAUAUUUAAAAAGAAUCCCUCACAUCGUCCUUCAGCUACAACACUUCUCUCUAGAGGCUCUUUAGCUCGGCUUAUCCAGAAGUGCCUACCCCCAGAGAUCAUCACAGAAUACGGUGAACAGGUGUUAGAAGAAACCAAAAAAUCUAUGCAUAGUACACCAAGAAAAAAGGAUCCCAGCAGAACCAGAAUAACUUUGGGAAAUGAAGCAAGCACAAUGCAAAGGGAAGAACCAGGUGGAAAGUGUAGCCACACUGACUUAGAAAGCAUUAAUGAAAAUUUGGUUGAAAGUGCACUGAGGAGAGUAAACAAAGAGGAGAAAGCCAGUUCACCAGGUCCUCUCAGACGGCAGUGGGAGAAAAACGUACCCAGUACAGCUCUUAGAGCUUUGGAAAACUCACCCAUACUCACCUCCAGUUUAACAGCAGAAGAUGACAGAGGUGGUUCUGUAAUAAGGUACAGUGAAAACAAUACCCGUAAGCAGUGGCUCAAGGAGACCCCUGAAACCCUGUUGAACAUCCUUAAGAAUGCUGACCUCAGCUUGGCCUUUCAAACAUACACAAUAUAUAGACCAGGCGCAGAAGGAUUCUUAAAAGGCCCCCUGUCUGAGGAAACAGAAGCAUCGGACGAUGUUGAUGGAGGUUGGGAUUCUGUCAUUUUGGAUCCAGAGAGACUUGAACCUGGACUGGAUGAGGAGGAUACGGACUUCGAGGAAGACGACAGUGCUGAUUGGGUAUCAGAACUGAAGCAGCGAACUGGCUGGCAAGGAGUAUCUGAUGGAUAACGCCCAAGGAAAUAUUCAUUAGUCACCCGAAGGGGAUGUUUAACAGGAGGAAUUGAUAUUUGAAUAAUACUUAACUCACGGGAUACGUGUUCUCCUUUGGAAACAGAGUGAAGAGAGGGAAACUGAAUAUUUAAAAUUAUUCCUGGUUAGUAAGAUAGGGUAUAAAAAAACCUAGGUUUUUGAAUUCAGAGGAGAACGCAUAGCACAAUGGGUCUGAGGUUUAGGCUUUGCAGUCAGAACAGAUGUUGAAUGCUACCACCUACUGCUUGUGUGGUUUUGAGAAAUGACUUAACCUCUUUGAGCCUGAAUUUCCUCAACUACAAAAUGAGGAUAACAAUGCCUAGCUCAUAUGGAUGCUGACCUUAGACCAUCGUGACAGCCCAUAGCAUUAUUUGUGUUAUGAUUUCUGCUUUAUUACCUUGUUGUGAUUUAUUACUAUGGAGCUCUUUUUAUAUCUCCUAAAAUCUUUGAGGAUCUAAAUAUA